AAUUAGGGCAGAAGGAAAUCGAGCUUCUCUUCUUGUCUCGAUUCGACGGAUGGGGGCCGAAGAACAGCAGCCGCAGAAAGCUGGCAAUGGUGUCGGGGGCUUGGCGACUCCAACGCCCAUCUCUGAGGCCCAGUUCCUGUCGUGGAAGCGCCGAAAGGAUGCUGAAGCAGCAGCAAGAAAAGCUGAAGCAGCUCAAAAACGUGCAGAGGACAUAGCUGCAGGAACAGUUCAGAUGAAUGGCCGUGAGCUUUUUCACCAUGAGCCUUGGGUAUUUGAUAAUGAUCAAUACUGAUUUUCAUCAGAGGUGUUCAAGCAACAAGAGAGGAAAGAAAUAUGUCAUCAAAGAGGAUUUCGAGUUGGUGGUAAAACGUGACACAAUAUUAAAAUUUGAAGUAUGUACUUUGGAUGAAUUACCAAUUUAUGUAGUUUGUAACCUGAGACAUUUUGAAGCCUCAGUAAAAGAACCUCUUUGUUCAACAAAUGCAGUGUAAAGGUUGGAGAAGCAUUGUAACCUGAGGUUCAUGCUUGCUAACAUGCACAGUAGAAAUAACAAUUUUCAUUCAA